AUGCCUCCAAAGCGUGUCGCGGACCCGGACUCUGAUGCCAGCUACUGCAGCCUUGAAGAUGAACACGACGACAGCUACCGACCAAGCUCGUCCAAGAGCACAAAGAAAUCCAGGACGGCGAAACGCGCACCCAGAGCGCGGAAACGCGUCAAAGGCGAUCACGCAGUCGAGUCUGGCACGGAGAGCGAUACCCAUGGAGACGCACCCCGCCAUUCCAACGCGCUACACACCAUCGCAGAGCCCGAACCACUGCGCGAGGCGUUGUUAGCAUGGUAUGCGGACGUGCACGAAGUGCGCGGGAUGCCAUGGCGGAAGCCAUACAACCCUGCUCUCGACGAGGAGCAACGCGCACAGAGAGCAUACGAGGUUUGGAUAUCGGAAAUAAUGCUGCAGCAAACCCAGGUCGCGACCGUCAUCCCUUACUAUACUCGAUGGAUGGAGAAAUUCCCGACAAUCCGCGACCUCGCAGCGUCUGACAUCGAAACCGUCAACGGGCUGUGGAAGGGCCUCGGCUACUACUCGCGCGCUGCUCGUCUGCUCGCUGGGGCGCAGAAAGCCGUUGCCGAGCUAGGUGGACGAUUGCCAAACAAUGCGCACGACAUGGAGCGCGCGGUACCGGGGAUUGGACGCUAUAGCGCUGGUGCCAUCUGCUCCAUCGCAUAUAACGAAUGCGUGCCUGUGCUGGACGGGAACGUGCACCGGCUCCUGAGCCGUGUUCUCGCAUUGUACGCGCCCCCUAAGGCGAAGCCAACUUUGGACGUCCUCUGGAAAGCUGCGGCGGAGAUGGUCAGGAGGAGCACACGCGCGGGGGACGUCAACCAGGCCAUGAUCGAACUUGGUGCAACGGCAUUCGCACAUCAUGCUGGCGGUGGGGGCGGUACGAGUAACGAAGGGGAGAGAAAAGAAAAGGAUGUGCUGUGCCCUGCGUUGGAUAAGACAGGCGUAAAGACGGACGUGGCUGGCCUAGACGUAGACAUGGAAGACCUGUGCACGCUUUGCGAGCCGCUACCGAGCGGGAGCCUUGUGACCUGCUUCCCAAUGAAAGCAGUGAAGAAAAAGGCGAGAGAAGAGGUCGAUGUCGUCAAUGUUAUUGAGUGGCGCUGCACGUGGAAUGGUGCGGGUGCUGAAGGUACAGACAGCGGCGAUGGCAGGUACUUUCUGCUCGUGCGGCGUCCGGAGCGUGGACUGCUCGCGGGGUUGCACGAGUUCCCCACGGCGGCGAACGUCGAUUCUGCGCUGACGCCUGCCGCACAGCGCGCGCUCGCGCAUAGCAUCACGACCGGGCUGCUCGCUGCACCUGUCGAGCCCUGUCGCGCCGGAACCUCGGGGAAUCUUGCGAGCGGCGAAGGUACUGUCGACGAUAGUCUGCGGAUAGUACAGAUUGUGGAUGCGGGGGACGUUGUACACGUCUUCUCACACAUACGCAAAACGUACCGCGUGCAGUGGGUCGCGUUGACGGGGGGCAAGCGGCCCCCGCAUUUAGCCGCCUCAUCCACCCCCGGCGGUCGCAGCGGCACUGAGGUCGGAGGCCGGCGCCAGGCAGGGGGCAAGAGCAGGAGCGCGCGCGAGAGGAGACUCACGGGAGAACGUAGCUCAGAGGCGCGCGAAGACGAACCGUUGCGCAUCCAAGCGACGUGGACGCCCAUGGCGGAGGUCGCCGAUGCAAACAUCGGCACGGGGGUGCUGAAGGUGUGGAGGCAGGUGUGUACGCUGUGGGACACGGGUAGUAGGAAGUAA